GAUGCGCCCAGUCGCGCAGCGCGAACCAAUGUGCGAACCUAUAGUGAACUGGAGUGUACUCUAUUCUAGUACACUAUAGUGCGAACGUACGAAAGCGCAGGCAAUCCUGUGGCGAUAAAGUUGCUCUCAAGCUGAAGAAGCAGUUCAGGUGCAAUGCAGAAGCCAACAAUCGGUAGUGAUAUCGGCCCGUCAAGACUGCACCUAACCUGUGCGUAGAAGAGUCGUGUACUUACACUUGUCCGCAAGUAUGACUGGGAGCUCCGUGAGGUGGGCGUUUAACGUUCGCGUGUGGCAACCGACUCGAGAGCAGUGGCUGUAUGCCCUGCGAUGUGUUCAACCAGAGGAAAAAGAACGCAUACAAAAGUUUGUUUUCACUAAGGACGCCAAAGCAUCAAUGAUUGGCAGGCUUCUUCUCAGAAAAUGCGUCAACGAACUUCGUGGUGUGCCCUACCAAGACAUCAGCUUUGGCCGAAAUGACCAUAACAGACCCUUCGUAUCGCAACCACAACUCACAGGUCAACUCUUCGACUUUAAUGUCUCUCACCAAGGGGAUUACGCAGUGCUGGCAGCUGACGACUGUUCCAGUGUUGGCGUUGACGUCAUGAAAACAGAGUAUUCCGGUGGCAAAACAAUACAAGAGUUUUUUGCAAUCAUGAAGAGGCAGUUCACUCCAAAAGAAUGGAGCUUCAUCGAACAGCCAGGCACCGAGAGUGACCUGCUGAGACGUUUUUAUCGGCUUUGGUGCUUGAAGGAGAGCUUUGUCAAGGCUACAGGAGCAGGACUGACUGUCGAUCUGCAGCGAUUGGAAUUCACUUGCUUAACAAAAGAACUUGAGCAGGACACAAUCACGAGUGACACGCAGCUGUGUUUUGAUGGCCAACUGCUUAGAGACUGGAUAUUUGAAGAGACAAUGCUGGAUUAUGAACACUGUGUCUGCACAGCUCUCAAGGUUAGUAGCAAGAUCACCCCACAAGAUUGCAAGCUCUUCACCGUGCUGUCCUUCGACGAACUUACCAGCGGAAGUCAUUCCAUUUGGUCUAUCAAAUGACUCUGACUGGACCCACUUUGCAGAGAAGUCAGAAUUUCCAAAGUGAAACACACAGUAGAUGCCCAAACUGUUAAAUAUCCUGCACGCAGUUUAUUUUUCCUUUGUGUAAAUAAAAGCAUAUUCAGAAAUUUU